AUGUGGGGCCCAGUGCCUAAGGUGCUGCCAUUCUCUGUGCAAAGUCUAUCUACAGAUGAAAUAGUUGGCCAAGGAACACUGUUCUUCAAUGCUGGAUACGAAACAACUGCUUCUACUCUGAACUUUGCCUCCCACCACCUGGCCACAAACCCGGAUGUACAAGAGAAGGCAUACACUGAAAUGAAAGACUUACUUGGAGAUGAGGAACCCAACUUCGACAACAUAGGGAAACUGAAGUAUCUGGACAACAUCAUCACCGAGACGCUCAGAAUAUGUCCACCGGUUUUUGUGAUUCAUCGCAGAGCGUCUGAGACCAUCCAAAUCAAGGGUUUGACAAUCCAUCAAGGCCAACCUGUCUUUAUCCCAGUGCUCGCUCUACAAAGAGACCCUCAGCUUUUCAAGGAUCCGAAUUCCUUUAAACCAGAAAGGCACGAUGAAAAGUCAAACCCACUCUCCUUCCUUGCGUUUGGUUAUGGCCCCCGAAUCUGCAUAGGGAUGCGGUUAGCCUUAGUCGAGAUGAAAAUAGCCCUGGUACACGUCCUCAGGAGAGUGAAGUUUGAACGUAUGCCUAACACAAAGGAUGAAUUGACAUUCAAGCAUAGCGUCGUCCUGACACCAGCUGAGGAUAUUGUGCUGAAGAUAUCCCCAAGAUUCUAA